GAGACGGGGCGGGACGCGGGGGCGCCGCGAGGGCCCACGGGCCAGAGCUGGGGUCGCGGUGUGCUCGCGCCCCAGGAGCGCGCGUCGCCCAGCUCCGCCAGGUCGAGAUCUACUGCUCUCGCGAGACCCGCGGCGGCGGCCGGUGCCCACUCGCGCGCGUGCGCAGCCCGUUCAGGAAGGCGGCCGCGGAGGGCCCGGCGCCAUGUUGGCUCCGAGGGGAAGGAGGGGAAGCGCUUGAGGCGGCAGGAGCCCGCCCCUCCCGCCUACGGAUCAUGAGCCGGGCGGCGGCCGCCGAGGUCGCGGUGGCGGGGCAGCAGCCCCCGCGGCGCGGGCGCUAGAGAUGAUGCCGUUUCCGACGGUCGCCCCGGGAGCGCCUCCGCCGGCCGCGCCGCCGCAGAAGCACUGGGGCAUCUCCUCCCCGAUCAGCCUGGCCGCCCCCAAGGACACGGACCGCGAGCUCACCCGGAGGCUGGUGGAGACCCUGAAGCCCUUCGGGGUGUUCGAAGAGGAAGAGGAACUGCAGCGCAGGAUUCUAAUUUUGGAAAAAUUAAAUAAUCUGGUGAAGGCCUGGAUCCGGGAGAUCAGCGAGAGCCGCAGCCUCCCGCAGGCCGUGGUGGACAGCGUCGGGGGGAAGAUCUUCACCUUCGGCUCCUGCAGGCUGGGCGUCCACACGAAGGGGGCUGACAUCGACGCGCUCUGCGUCGCCCCGAGGCACGUGGACAGAAGCGACUUCUUCACUUCCUUCUAUGAUAAAUUGAAGCUGCAGGAAGAAGUGAAAGACUUGAGGGCAGUUGAGGAGGCGUUUGUGCCAGUUAUCAAGCUGUGCUUUGACGGGAUAGAAAUCGAUAUUUUGUUUGCAAGAUUAGCACUACAAACCAUUCCAGAGGAUUUGGACCUAAGAGAUGACAGUUUGCUUAAAAAUUUAGAUAUUAGAUGCAUACGAAGCCUUAACGGUUGCCGGGUAACUGAUGAGAUUUUACAUUUAGUGCCAAACAUCGACAACUUUCGGUUAACUCUGCGAGCCAUCAAAUUGUGGGCCAAAUGCCACAAUAUUUAUUCCAAUAUAUUAGGUUUCCUUGGAGGGGUUUCCUGGGCCAUGCUAGUAGCCAGAACUUGUCAGCUUUAUCCAAAUGCGGUAGCAUCCACGCUUGUACGUAAAUUUUUCUUGGUGUUUUCCGAAUGGGAAUGGCCAAAUCCGGUGUUACUCAAAGAGCCUGAAGAACGGAAUCUUAAUUUGCCUGUAUGGGACCCAAGAGUGAAUCCCAGUGACCGGUACCAUCUUAUGCCCAUAAUCACACCAGCGUACCCACAGCAGAACUCCACAUACAACGUGUCUGUUUCAACCAGGAUGGUUAUGAUUGAGGAGUUUAAGCAAGGGCUUGCUAUAACACAUGAAAUUUUGCUCAAUAAGGCAGACUGGUCCAAGCUUUUUGAAGCUCCAAGCUUCUUUCAAAAGUACAAGCACUACAUUGUACUUCUGGCAAGUGCGCCAACAGAAAAACAGCAUCUGGAGUGGGUGGGCUUGGUGGAAUCCAAGAUUCGAAUCCUGGUUGGGAACUUGGAAAAGAAUGAGUUUAUCACACUGGCACAUGUGAAUCCCCAGUCAUUUCCAGCACCCAAAGAAAAUGCCGACAAGGAAGAAUUCCGUACAAUGUGGGUAAUUGGUCUAGUGUUAAAAAAGCCAGAAGACUCUGACAUUCUCAAUAUUGAUCUCACUUACGACAUUCAGUCUUUCACAGACACAGUUUAUAGGCAAGCGAUGAAUAGUAAGAUGUUUGAAAUGGAUAUGAAAAUUGCUGCUAUGCAUUUAAGAAAGAAGGAACUUCAUCAGCUACUUCCUAAUCAUGUUCUCCAGGAAAAGAAAGCACACUUAACAGAAGGUGUGAGAUUGACAACUGUAAAUGACAGCAGCCUCCACAUGUCUGUAGACAGUGAAAACAACAUAACUGUACCUUUGCCCACUAGCACCAUUAAGGCUAGCCCGUUGACCAGCAGCUCUCAGGGCAGGAACAGUCCUGCCCUAUCUGUCAUGGCAACAUCUUUGAGUACCAUACAGGCUUCCGAGGUUUCCUUGCAACACAUUAGUCCCAAUGAAAGCUCAGGUGUUGCACUGAGUGAAAGCACUCCUCAGCCCCCCUCGCAGCCUACCAUUUCAGCACCACCAAAGCCCACAGUGACCAGAGUGGUUUCUUCAACACAUAUGGUAAACCAUCCACCUAUAUCUUCAGGAAACACAGCUACAAACAUAUCUAAUCCUAUAGUAGGAGUCUAGAGGACAUUCUCACGUAAAGAAGGGACCAAGAAAACCAAAACAGUGGAACAACCAGUUAAGUUCAGCUCAGCAAGUGUACCGACAGCAGCCUCUCUCUGUUGGCCUCUCAGGAAAUACCCAGCACAGAUAUAUCCAGUACCCCUGGUCUCCCUGCAGAUCCUACUCCUGUUCUAUCAAGAAAUCAAUAAAACAGAUUGGACAAAUAAAAACCACCACAAGGGCCCAUAAACAGUAUCUACAAGCUCAGCCCAUUGUCUUGAAGUGCCGAAGGAGGAGGAUGAGGGUAACCAGACUAGCUAGGACUCAAAAUAGCUUUAUGCUCAUUUGGUAACUUCCUUUACUGGCCUAAUCUUGAUCAGAAGUUCAGAUUAGUUGGUGAAAUUUGAAGUACUAUUAUUAACGCCUCUGAUUAUUAACAUGUCAACAACAGUUAUAUUAGCUCUGUCAAAGGACUACUUACAAAAAAGAAAAAUCCCUCCAGCUAUAUUUGUACCCCUGAUUACAUCAGGACUGGAUUUAUGUUUGAUGCGUUGUUGGGAAAAAUUUGCAAUACAAACUAGUAUCAGAAUUCCUUAUAUUAAUGAUGCACUUUAUGUUUUUUUUUUAAGUUAGGAACUAGAACUAAUUUUGGAUUUUUUUUCAACUUGGUGAAUUUUAAUUUCAUUUUAUUUUAUUCUCCUGAGUAGGUUUCUUCACUCUUCGUAAGCAGAUGCCAUUGUGUGGCAGCCUAAUAUACUCAAAGCACAAAAGAAGUACACAUAGCUCAAUCCCUGUGACUUAGCAGCAGCCCUUUCAAACAAAAUGUCCACUGCUAGGGUAGAGUUUUGACAUCGGAACAGUAGUUACUAAGUCUUUGGUUCUGAUGGGACGUGAUCACGAAGUGUUUGUGUUAUCUAUAGAAUGUUUCAGAGAGUGUAUAAUCAGCAAUCAGACAUUCGUUUUCUUUGAGCUAACAGAGCUCCAUAUUCUCUCGUCCUCAAUCAUUUGUCAUAAAACAUUUUUGCCUCCACCCUCUUUUUCUCUGCUGCACAAUGCUGUAUGUUGUUUCUUUAAAGUCCAGACCAGUCAUGUGUUUUCCAAGCUGACAUGUGAAACCAGUAGGCUUGUGUCCUUAGGGCCUAUAGCUGAAGCUCAAUGCUGAUUUGGAUGUCGUCUGGUUCCAGACAUUUUGUUCACCCAACCCAUUACCCUGCUAUGUAAGAAAGCUUGUGCCCAGUCACACACAUGCAGGCAACAGAGGCCUUUUUUUUUUUUAACCAGAAUUUUAAACCAAUUUGUAUUUCUUCAUGACUUACGCAAACUCCCUAUCAGUAAACUCGAGAAGAAAGAUUUCUAGAAAGAACUUGACAUCUAGUCAGCUUUUUACUGUUUUUGUUUUAUCCUGCCAAAGAUUAGGAAUAGAUUUAAGAAAGAAAAGAAAAAGGGAAAGAUCUCUCAAUGGAGUAGCAGCCCAUCCAUGUCUAGGAAUCACGAGGGACAGCAGAUGCAGAUGACUGAUGCUCUCAAUGUGGACCCAGCAUCGAUCACAUAGCUUGGUUGUGUCUCCCAGCCACCUUCCUUUCUGCCACACGUACAUUUUUCUUCAAACUAAUGCUGCAAGUAUUUAAACUCUCUCUUUGCCCUUCAAGAUUAACUUUUCAAAGUGGGCCUCUAGUCUUCCUGUUAGGCUAUGCAGUACUUGAGACUUUGCAAUGUCUGGUGGACCACGUUUCUCUUUUUUGCAUCUUUGCCCUGUGUGGCCACCUUGCCCUCCCACCAUACAAGGGAGGAAUCAGGUCAAUGGUGCUUGGUGUCUGCAUUCUGAGUAGCAGCCAUUGACUGCUUCACACCGCCAGCCACAGAUCUAGACUUGUCUUUUUAGUUUAUUAACUGCUUCCUGUAACUGUACCUGUUUUUACCAAGCUGGAAACUUGGGAUUUUUAACUCUAGUUUUUCUUACCUGAAUAUCUGACUUAUUUUAUUUUUCCGUGUGAUGUACGUUGUGUCUCAUGACUAGAGUUUGUUUGUUAUAUAGUAUCUGUACUACUUGUAUUUUCAAGCACUAUUUUGAAAACAGAUAAUGUAUUUCUCCAUUACAAACAUAAUAAAAAUAAAUGGCAAACAAACAAAGUGAAACUAAAAUCCUGGCCAGUAAUGUUUAGAUCUGAUACUAUGAAUUCAGAUGAUUGGGUGGUGUUCUGUAAGAGGGCAGGGGCACAGAUGAGGUUCAGUCAUACUGGGUCUAAGAUGGAUGGAACAAAGUUAGGAGCACAGAACGUUAACAUUUCAAGUCAAUCUUCUAAAAGGGAGGUAAGGGCUGGGAGUGCGGCUUAGUGGUAGAGUGCUUGCCUAGCAU